AUGGACUUCAAGCAAUUCUUCCAUCAUCCCUCCUUUACUCUUGCUGACACCAGCUCGGCACGAGCGGUGGGAGUAACCUCACUUUGGCUCAUAGGUUUGGCAUGGUUCACCAAGAUCCUAUACAACAUUUACUUGCAUCCGCUGGCCAAGUAUCCCGGGUCUAAGCUAUAUGCCGCCUCAUCAAUCCCCUUGGCAAUCGCACAACUUCGAGGCCGAUGGCAUCUUUUUGUGCAGGCGGCGCAUGAAAAGUACGGCCCCGUCGUGCGCCUGGGACCAUCGGAGCUCUCGUACAUAUCUGCCCCCGCUUGGAAUGAUAUCUACGCUCGACGCGGAGUCAAGGCACCGUUACCCCGAGACCGUACCUUCUUCAACGACAUGCUGGUAGACCCUGGGUCCAUAACCAUGGCCGACGACACCAAUCACGGGCGGAUACGGCGGUCGCUGGCGCCGGCCUUUUCGCAGAAGGCAUUGUUAGAACAGGAAUCGAUCAUACAGGGAAAUGUUGACCUGCUAUUGGACCAGCUACAAAAGCGUGCGCAGCAGGGCUUGGCAUCUGAUCUACGAGCGUGGAACAAUUAUGCAACGUUUGAUCUGAUUGGGGACCUGGCAUUUGGUGACACGUUUGGAUGCCUCAAGACCUCCGAAUUUCAUGAGUGGGUGAAAAUGGUGCUAGACUACUUUUACGUGGCCACCCUGUUGCAGGUUGUACACCGCUUCCGGCCGCUGAACAGGCUGCUCGUGAUGAUGCUUCCUGCCUCGCUUGUGGAAGAGAAGGAGAAGCACACGCGCAUGGCCCUCGAAAAGGUGCGCACCCGCACGUCUACUACCGUCGAGCGAUCGGAUUUUAUCCACUACAUGCAAAAGGCCGUCGAGCUGGGCAGCAUCACAAAUCACGAGCUAGAGAACCAGGCCAGCAUUCUCAUCCUGGCUGGCAGCGAGACGACCUCCAUCGCCUUGACCUAUGCCAUAUACUUCUUGAUCACUCAUCAGGAUACGAUGCGGAAAUUACGUGCUGAAUUGACUCGGAACUUCCAGAACGAGCGGGACAUCACUCUCAUCACAGUAAAUCAACUGGAGUACCUGCAGGCCGUCCUGCAGGAGACUCUACGCAUGCGCCCACCGAUUACAAACGGCUUUCCGCGCCAGACUCCCAAAGAGGGUGCCAUAAUUGAUGGCCAAUUCGUGCCAGGAACGACAGUGGUAAACAUCAGUCAUUGGGCCGCGUACCAAUCCUCGGCCAAUUUUCUUUAUCCAGACCAGUUCCGACCAGAGCGAUGGACGGGUGACAAGCAAUUCGACGGUGACUCAAAGGACUGUUUUCAACCGUUCUCCGUCGGCCCUCGGAACUGUAUCGGCAAAAAGUUCGCUUACGAUAGUAUGAAACUCAUCCUAGCCCGCAUGCUAUGGCGGUUCGACGUGGCACUGGAAGGCGAUGUUAGUAAAGGAGGAAAGAAUGACACCUGGGUUUCUGGCCAUGACUCGUUUGUCUCGUGGAAUGUGCCCCCUUUGAAUAUAUCCCUAACUCCACGGCAGUAG